AUUGUUAUAGCGUCAUUAUAGAAAUAAGAGAAUGACAUCAAUAUUAAUUUUAAGUAAGUAACAUUAAUACAAUGAAGCUAAUGAAGCUGGGGACAUGUCCGACGAAUACACCCAAAAACUCGAAAGAGCAUCAUAACCUCAAAAUUAUAGUAAAUGUCAGAAGUAUAGAUUAGAUUAUCUCUUAAUUCUUUAUUCUUUACAAAAACAUGAAUUUCCUAGAUUUAUGUAGCUUUUUUGAGGAAAUCAAGAUAACUAAAGGCCCCAGAGAGAAAUACACUCUGAUUCAGAACAGGUUCAAAACAAUGCGAGAGGGUUUGUGUCACAAUCCGGGGGCUUUUUUCAAUGUACUAAGACUUAUUUUACCAGAUCUAGAUCGAGAGAGAGAAUCUUAUAAAAUGAAGGAAGCCAAGGUGGCUAGAACCUUAAUCAAAAUGUUAGAUUUACCACCGGGUAAUGACCGAAAUGUACUUAACAAGUCUUAUUUAGUGGCUGCACAAACAACUGAUUUUGGAGAAGUUGUAUAUUCAGUUAUCAGAAAAUAUUUAUCUAAUACCAAGACUAGUUUAACUGUACUAGAGGUGAACCAGUCACUGGAUCUUUUGACAAAGAGAAAAAAUGAAUCUGAAGCAGAAACAAUCAUGAUGAAUCUAUUCAAAAAAGUAUCUCCAGAAGAUAUUCGAUGGAUCAUAAGAAUUAUUUUAAAGAAUCUGAAACUUGGUAUAAGUUCCAACCAAAUCCUCAAUUGUUAUCAUAAAGAUGGGGCAUCGUUUUAUGCUUCAAAUAGCAAUCUAAGAAAAGUGUGCCAUAUUUUAGCAAAUCAAAAUGUUAGGUUACAUGAAUUGGAUAUCGAAUUGUUUGAAGCUUUUCGUCCAAUGUUAUCGAAACGAAUUGAUGGUGUAAACUUCAAAAGAGAACUACCAGAUAAUAAAUUAUUUUAUGUUGAAAAUAAAUUCGAUGGGGAAAGAUUUCAACUACAUUUAAGAGAUAAUGAAUUCAAAUAUUUUUCAAGAAAUGGUUUCGACUUCACUGAAAAUUUAGGAAAAUCUUAUGAAACUGGUAUAUUUACCCCACACCUGAAAGGUCUUUUUGAUAAAAAUAUUAAGAAUGCUAUUCUCGAUGGUGAAUUGAUGGUAUGGAACAAGAAAACUAAGCAGUUUGGAUCAAAAGGUAUGGCUCUGGAUGUGAAAAAAUUACGUCAAGACAAUCUUCAUCAACCUUGCUUCGUUGUAUACGAUAUAAUUCUCCUGAAUAACAGAGUUCUCACAAAUGUCCCUUUCAGGGAACGAAUUGAAAUAUUGAAGACCGUGUUUUGUAAUGUAAAAAUAGGCACAAUAGUCCUGAGCAAAGUGAAGCAGGUUCAUUCAAGGCAAGAAAUAAUAGAUGAAUUGAACCAGGCUGUUGAUAAUGAAGAGGAAGGAAUCAUUUUAAAAGAUCCUGAUUCUGUGUAUAAGUAUAGUGACAGAAAUAGUGGGUGGUUCAAGCUAAAACUGGAGUAUUUUCAGGAUGUAAUGAACGACAUGGACCUCAUUCUGAUGGGUGCUGAUCGAUCGUCUUACGCAUCUGAUAGUUUCAGAUCUUUUUUUGUUGGAAUUAGAUCAGGUAAUGCCAGUAAUGGAAAACCCCUCUACUUAUGUAUAGGAAAGGUAACAACUGGUCUGAACAUGGAGGAAGUUGAAAAUCUUGCAAAAAAAAUCAAACUGCAAGGGAAGAAAUUUGAAAAUUUCAACUCUGAAAACCUGAAAUUUGGCAAAGAAACUCCAGACUACUACAUCGACCCAGAAAAUUCUUUAGUAUUCGAAGUGAGAGCAACAGAGCUGAUUCGUAAUACCGAUAAUGCUUACAAAACUGGUUAUACUUUACGCUUUCCAAGAAUCCUCAAAAUACGUGAGGACAAACCAGUUGACGAAUGCAUGUCGAUCAAUGAAUUAUUAGAACUCACAAAAAAUAACAAGUCCGUCAUCAAACUCAACAAACGCAACAUAGAGUUGGAGGAAAUACUGAAAACCAAGACGAAAAAAGUUAAACAGAAGGAUAUAGUUAUGCCAACCAUUCAUGACUCUAAGAAAGUAUCUGACAUAUUGGACGGAUAUAAUAUUUUUGUAAUGAAUGAUAGCCCGGAAAUGGAUAAGGAAAAAGCUGAGAGUAUAAUAAAGAAAGCCGGAGGGACAGUGUCAUAUAGAGUGAAAGAGAAUGUUGAUAUAGUCCUGGCAGGUGAUAGAUCAGAAAAAAUCAGGCAACUAAUUCAGAAAAGACCCAAAUAUGACAUCAUAAAUUUAGCAUGGCUGAAUAGGGUUAUAGAAGAUGGCAAUAUUCUAGGCUACGAUCAAAAGGAAGUUUAUUAUAUAGGUUACAAUUACAAGAACUGUUUAUCAGAUGAAUUGGACAAAUAUGGUGACAGUUUUACUAUAGAAACUGAUGAUGACAAACUGAAAAAAACUUUUCAAACCAUUUCAGACAUGGGAGAAUUUUCAAGCCUAGGCACAACAGUGAGACUUCAUAGGAGAAAGUAUUUCAACGAAUAUUUUGCUUACUUUGACAAGUUCUCCAUUCCUGAUGAUCAAAAUUCUGAAAUAAUUUAUGAUUGUUUUAUUGACCAGCUCGAGUUCCAAUAUUACGGGGGAAAUGUCUGCGAAAAAAUUUAUGAAAAUGUGAAUCUGAUAGUGUAUAAUGGCCAAAGUGACAGAAAAAUAUUCUUGGAGAAUUAUAUUAAAUCUUUGAAUAAUACAAGAAUUGGGAUCAAGACUAAAACUUUCAUUUAUGAGUAAAAUUUUUGUUAUUGCCAAAUACCUGAUGUUUUCGAGAAAAGUUAAUCAUAUUUUGCUCAAUCCCAAAAAUUUUUUUGACAAAAAUGCUGUGAUAAUUGGAAUUGAAAAGUAUUGUGUUGCAAGUUAAGAAGGUCACUAAUUAUAAAAAAAAGGAAAACACUAUGAUAUGAAGAGAUUCCUAUUUAUUCAAUUCAAUUUCUUACAAUUUCAUUUCCAUAAUAUGUUUUUUAUAUUUAUGGUGAGGCAAUUUUAUUUGUGGAGGAUAUUAUAUUAUCUUGUAAUUCUGUUGUAAGCCGCCGUUACUGAUACUAUAUACAUUGGACCCAUUGAUUUAUUUAAUUUGUCAUUGUUUUAAUACAAUAUUUUGUUAAAUAAAUUUUUUCAAACUCU